AUGGUGAUGCGUAUGGCUAUGGAAAUAGGUCUUCAUGAAGACAUGGAGGAAGAAGAAGUAAACAGUGGUGGUGAAGCAAACAAGACGUGGUCACAGGAAUACCGUCGACGAUUAUUUUGGGUUAUUUUUACGGUUGAUAAAAUAUCAAGUGCUGCUACUGGGAAACCACCUAGUUUGCUGGACACCUAUUGUACUGCUUUUUUGCCUUCUUCAGACAGUUUUAAAUCAAAUCAAUAUUAUGCAGAAACAUUAGAUGGAUCCCGCUAUAUCAUGAACAAUAUCAAUGGAUUUCGUGAUAGUCAAUUGUUGAACGCAAACUCACUUUUUCCUGAUAUGGGACAAGACGAUUUGACUGAUUUGUCAAGACGUGGGUCUUUAAGCACAUUUGCUUAUUUUGUACGAGUGAUUGAUCUGCUUGGAAAAGUGACAUCCUAUCUCAAUUUUAAGGGAAAACAGGCCAAAGAACUCCUGCCUCCUUCUCAUCCAGGAUCAGAAUUUCAACAGUUGGAUAAGGCCCUUGAUGAUUGGUAUGAAAAAUUACCAAUGCAUCUCAAGAAUUCGCCUGCCAAUUUCGAGUUGUACAAAGAUACAAACCAGACAAAUGAAAGUCGUACUUUUAUUAUGAUGCAUAUUGCUCAUAACACAUUGAUUGUUUUACUCCAUCGUCCUUCUUUAGUUGUGGCUGAUACGCUGGAUUCUGAUCUGGUUCAGUCAGAAAUCAAGCAAUUUGUGACCAAGAGUGUUGAAAAAUGUAUGGCAGCAGUGGACAAUGUCACUGUCUUGCUAAAAGAAAUUGGAAACUGCAGGGAAUUGAUGCCGCCUUUUCUUACUUAUUUUGCCUAUACAGUAGCCACAGUGAUUGUGAGUUCUUCAUUCUCGCCUCGCAAAGAAGAAGCACAGAAAGCAAAGCAAGCCCUUGGUAUCUAUUUUCAACUUUUAUUGGCAAGUGAUCCUAGUGCUCGAGGAUUAUGGGCAAUGGCUGAUAAACUGUAUUUCAUGAUUCGUGAUCUUUAUGCUAUCCAUAGUAAUGUAUUAAGACGUCGAACAUCUAUGGAUACUUCAAGUAAAUUAUCACCAUCUUCUGCUCCACUUACACAGCCCUUGUUCUCACAGCCAUCUUCAUUUGCUCAACCACCAUUAGACCAACAGUUACAGAUGCCAAGCACUACGCUUGCUGACUGGACCCAACCCUAUUAUCUCAACGCUCUCUCUAACCCAUUAACCAAUACUUCUGAUCAAGACACAACUUCAAGUGUAUUCCAAAUUCCACAAGGUUAUAAUGAACCCUUUGGUUUUUCUCCCAUCUCUUAUGGUAAAAGUAACGACAAUAACCAUCAUGGCCUUUAA